UUACGUGUGACGGCAGGUGAAGGCGCAGUGCGGCUGGGCUGCAGCACUCUCAGACAGGAGUUAACCUGUUGGAUUUCUGGUCCUGCUGCUCUCUGAUGCUCUCACUCUCUGUCUGUCGACAACUGGCUCUCCUCCUCCUCCUCACAACCCUCUGAAACCAGCCCCCGGAUAUUUUCUUUCGGACACUUUUCUUUUCUUUUCAGUUUCGAGUUGGAAUAGAAUUUGUCCUGAAGUGAGGCUGCUGGAAUGAAACCUUCUGUCCUAGGAUCAGUUUGUGCUCUGCUCCUGCUGUUGCGGGUGCCUGCAUGCCGGGGUGAUGAGGUUACUUCCAACACAGGAAUGCUGAGAUAUGAAAAGGGAGAGAGAGGGGGGAAGACAUGCAGAAAAACCGUCACAGUGAACCCAUGCUGUUAUUUCCCCUGUCAGCACUGGGGUGUGUGUGUGAGGUAUGGUGAGGACAAGUACGAAUGUGACUGCACUCGUACCGGCUACAGCGGAGAAAACUGCACUGUCCCGGAGUUUUGGACCAGAGUGCAUCAGCUUUUCAAGCCCAGCCCAGAUGUGGUGCAUUACACACUCACCCAUUUCCACUGGCUCUGGGACAUCAUCAACUACACCUUCCUACGUGACGUCCUAAUGCGGCUCGUUCUAACAGUGAGGUCUACCUUAAUACCGAACCCUCCGACCUUCAACUCAAAGUAUGGCUACCUCAGCUGGGAAUCCUACCAUAAUCUGAGCUACUACACUCGGCUUCUGCCCCCAGUGCCAGAGGACUGCCCUACACCUCUGGGGGUCAAAGGCAAGGCUGGGCUGCCUGACCCUGAGCUGCUGGUUGAGAGGCUGCUGAAGAGAAGGACGUUCAGACCCGACCCCCAGGGCUCCAACCUCAUGUUUGCCUUCUUCGCACAGCACUUCACCCACCAGUUCUUUAAGACCUACAAUCGCAUGGGUCUGGGCUUCACGAAGGCUCUAUCGCAUGGGGUGGAUGCAGGACACGUUUAUGGAGACAACCUGAAACGUCAGCUCCACCUCAGGCUUCACAAAGAUGGAAAGCUCAAGUAUCAGUUAGUUGACGGCGAGAUGUUCCCUCCUUCUGUAGCUGAUGCACCUGUUAGGAUGAGCUACCCUGCUGGGAUCCCUCUAAAGCGACAGAUGGCUAUUGGUCAGGAAGUGUUUGGACUCCUCCCCGGUUUGGGAAUGUUCGCCACGCUGUGGCUGAGGGAGCAUAACCGAGUAUGUGACAUCCUGAAGGCAGAGCAUCCCACCUGGGAUGAUGAGCAGCUUUUCCAGACCUCACGCCUCAUCAUCAUUGGUGAGACAAUAAAAAUAGUAAUAGAGGAGUACGUGCAGCACCUCAGUGGAUACCUGCUGCAGUUGAAAUUUGAUCCCACCCUGCUGUUUAACUCCAACUUCCAGUAUGGCAACCGAAUUUCUCUGGAGUUCAGCCAGCUCUACCACUGGCACCCUUUGAUGCCUGACAGCUUCUUUAUUAACGGAGAUGAACUGGCAUACUCACAGUUCAUCUUCAACACUUCUGUUCUCACAAACUACGGCAUUGAGAAGCUGGUGGAUGCCUUCUCUCGGCAAGUCGCUGGCCAGAUUGGCGGUGGCCAUAACAUCAAUGCUGCCGUGACCAAUGUGGCUGUGAGGACCAUAAAGGAGUCCCGCCAACUCCGCAUGCAGCCCUUCAACCAGUACAGGAAGCGAUUUAACCUCAAGCCAUACACAUCGUUUAGACAAUUCACUGAUAACGAGGAGAUAGCGCGCAAGCUUGAAGAAUUCUACGGUGACAUUGAUGCUCUUGAAUUUUAUCCUGGUUUGCUGUUGGAGAAAACACGACAGGGGGCCAUAUUUGGAGAGAGCAUGGUGGAGAUGGGUGCUCCCUUCUCCCUUAAAGGCCUCAUGGGAAACCCCAUAUGUUCUCCAGGCUACUGGAAGCCCAGCACCUUUGGAGGCAAAGUCGGCUUUGACAUAGUUAACUCUGCCUCACUGAAGAAGCUGGUCUGUCUGAACACCAGGACGUGUCCUUAUGUGGCGUUUAAAGUACCAACAAAGCAGCAAUCACAAAGAGGGAAUGCUGACAGUAAAGUAAGGACUGAUGAAGCCAUGACGACUUUAGAUGACAAGAUUCUCGGAGAGAAGCUGCAGUACUACUAUAGCAGCAGUGAGGAUGAAGGCAGCGACAACGAGGAUGAGGAUGGGGAGAACAAGACCAUCAGGGACGCUAGCGUCACUGAGCCUGAGAUAGACUACAGCGCCGAUGGAAGUGCUGUCAACACAGGACCAAAGGGUGUCAUCAAUGACUGGAGGAAGUACAAGCAGCUGGAGGUGGAGCAGAAACAAGAGCAGAAAAGAGAGAUGGAAAGACUGAUCAAGAAACUGUCGAUGACCUGCCGCUCAGACCUCGACCUGGAAAAAGACAAAGAGAAACAGAAAGAUAUGCAGGACAAAAUCAAAGGAAAAAUGACCAUGCAAGAGUACAACAUGCUCCAGGAAGAAGAGGAUGACGAAGACUUCCUCCAGCAUUACCGUCUGCAGCGCAUUGAAGAGAUGCGGCGCCAGCUCUGCCGUGGCAAACGCUUUGCGCAGGUCUACGAGCUUAACAGCGGAGAGGACUUCCUGGAGGCUUUGGACAGGGAGGACCAAAGCACACUGGUCAUGAUCCACAUCUACGAGCCGGACGUCCCGGGCUGUGAGGCCAUGAGAGGCAGUCUGAUGUGUCUGGCUCAGGAAUACCCGCUGGUCAAGUUCUGCAGCGUACGCAGCUCGGCCAUCAGCACCAGUGCGCUGUUCAAGGGAAGUGCUCUGCCUGCUCUGCUUGUUUACAAAGGAGGGGACCUGAUCGGCAACUUUGUGCGGGUCACAGACCAGCUCGGGGAAGACUUCUUUGCUGUAGACCUGGAGGCCCUUCUGCAGGAGUACGGCCUGCUGCCUGACAAGGCCCGCAUCAUCCCGAAGACGGUUCGCAAUGGAGCUAUCGUACAGAACACUGUGAGCGAUGAAGACUCCGACCUUGAUAUAGACUAGAGCCAUAAUAUCUAACCUGCAUUAUGCUUGGGAAACAUGCAUACACAGUCUGCAUGGACUAUAGAUCAUUUAUGUGUGUGGCCCCCGUAGCGAUGAGGGACUGAGCCAGGAUUGCAUUGAAGCAGAAGCAAAAGUUAAUGCACACAAAACAUCAUGGCCCUGUGAGUUUUAUCAUGACAUCAAUCUAUAGUAAACAUAAGUUGUUAUUAUUAAUAAAAGUACAUUUUUUGCCAUUAAUAAUAUCAAGGACCUGUAAUACACAGUGAGAAUGAUGUAGAUGUUAGGUGAAAUGUUUUGUUUGAGCUGUGACUGUCAACUAUUUAUUCGUUGUGUAAGAACACAUUCCCUGUUUUUGUUUCUCGUGCAUCUUCAUCGUUAUUAAAUGUGUUUCACUCUGUAGAAUACGAAUCCUGCAGCCCAAACUUACUUGUAGUUAAUUUUAUAACUUUUAUAUGUGGUGUACCAUUUAAAAUAGUGGGAAGAAUAAACAAAUGUUUGGACUCACUGCC